CAAAAAUGUUCAUAUGACUUAAUUUUGAGAGAGAGAGAGACUUUCUAAAAUACGAUAAAGAAAUCUAGUGAAUAACUUGGGCUAUCUUGUUUUUGUAUGUGGGAGGAGCACGUGGUUAAACGGUCACCCACACCUGUCCACUGGGCACGUAACACUGGCAGAGAUGCCAGAUGUUGGUUAAUGUUUUGACGGCAGGAACGGAGUGAUCAAGAGGGACUAUUUGAAGGCGAGGUAGGAUUAAACGAAUAAGCCGAGUGAAUCUGAACGGCUCAAAAACCAAAGACGAAGAAAUAACUUGCAAGAGGACUCCAGUAUCCUGCAACCUGUGCCUAUUGGGUUGUUGCAACAUUCAUCGGUUGCGAGCGGACCACUUCUUAACGGUGAAAUGUCUUCUCCGGGUGCCACAACGAGCCCCUUGAGCAUCCUGGCACCUAAAACGAAGACAAAGAAGAAACAUUUUGUACAGCAGAAAGUGGAAGUGUUCCGAGCCAGUGAUCCAGUUUUAGGCGUCCUUAUGUGGGGAGUCAAUCAUUCGAUUAAUGAUCUCAGCCAGGUACCUGUCCCUGUCAUGCUGCUCCCAGAUGACUUCAAAGCCAACACCAAGAUCAAAGUCAACAACCACCUCUUCAACAAAGAGAAUCUUCCAGGACAUUUCAAGUUUAAAGAGUACUGUCCACAGGUGUUUAGAAACCUAAGAGAGAGGUUUGGAAUAGAGGAUCAGGAUUAUCAGGUGUCUCUAGCUCGCUGUCCUCCAGUCAAGGAUGGGGAGGGGCAGGGGAUGGGUCUGAUGCUGACUUCAUAUGACAGAACCCUGAUAGUGAAGCAGAUCUCGAGUGAGGAGGUAGAAGACAUACACAACAUCCUGUCUGAAUAUCACCAGUAUAUAGUGACAUGCCAUGGCAGCACUCUGCUGCCUCAGUUCCUGGGCAUGUACCGGGUCACCGUGGAGAGUGAGGACACAUACCUCAUUGUCAUGAGGAACGUCUUCAGCCACAGGCUACAUGUACACAGAAAAUAUGACCUCAAGGGGUGCUUGGUGUCCCGUGCAGCUAGUUUUAAAGAAAAGGUGAAAGAGUUGCCCACUUACAAAGAUGUAGACUUCAGGAAUAAUAUGCAGAAAGUAUAUGUGACUGAGGCUGCAAAGGAGAAGAUUAUGGACAAGCUGAACAGAGACAUAGAGUUCCUGGUGCAUCUGAGGAUUAUGGACUACAGCCUGCUGCUGGGCAUCCAUGAUGUAGAGAGGGCAGAGAGGGAGGAAGAUGAAGAGGAAGAGAUGGAGGAGUCCUCAUAUGAAGAGGAAGAAGAGGAGGAGAAUGGCCUGGCCCCGGCUGCUGCUGUCGGCUCCUAUGGGGCCUCCCCUGAGGGCAUCGCAGGGUACAUGAACUCCUUCAAGCCACUGGGCCCCGGGGAGUUUGACCCUUAUGUGGAUGUAUAUGCCAUUCAGAGUGCAGAAGGUUCUCCCCAGAGGGAGGUGUACUUCAUGGGCCUGAUCAACGUGCUGACCCAUUACGACACCAAGAAGAAAGCUGCUCAUGCCGCCAAGACUGUAAAACAUGGGUGUGAUGUCUCCACCAGGCUGGAGCCGAAAUCUCAACUGUUCACCCUGAGCAGUAUGCCAAACGAUUCCGUGAGUUCAUCGCCAAGAUCUUUGCUUAGUGUUUAAAGCACAGCCACUGCUACCACACCUCACUAUAAAUAAGCUAGUCAAUUUGCAGUAGCAUUCCCUUUUAAACUUUUGAUUUAAUAUUUAAUCUCAGCAAUUCAGAUGUUUUUGUUUCAGACAUUUAGAUUGUAUAAAUUAUUCAAACUAUACAUUAUUUGUUCUUCGAUGACCGUAAUAUAUUCACUAAUUGUUUUUAAAUUACUAAAGAGCUUUUUGUUAGAUUAAUUACAUUGAUUGGACUGUUUGACUGUUGGGACUGGUUAAAGAAAUCAUAAGAAUAUCCCGAGGUGCUCACAGUGGUCUUUAUCUGUGGAAUGUUGGAAACCUGGUCUGUACUAAUAACUAAUUCUGAUACGAGAUGAAUGUCAGUCUGACUGCAGAUAAUUUACUGGCGUUUUAAACAAGAUGUACCAGAACAGUAGGACUGAGAUGAUGACCAUUGUGGCAUUGAAUCAGAUUGGACAAGUAUUUUAUAAACACAAAUGAUUCAUUCAGUGUCAAAAUUAUGUUCUCAUCAUUGACUUCUGCCUAUGUUUUAGUCUGAUUUAAUUAAAUGUUUAAUUUAUGUAUGAGUUGAUAUUUGACAGUUUACUACAACAUAGUGUUCUAGAAAACAUUCCAACAAAUAUGGUCUCAAAUUGAUGAGCAACAGAAGUAUUUUCCAGAAUUGUAUCCAAUAUUAAAUAUUUAUUUUAAAAAAGAAAGUAGAAACAGACAUUUCAUGUUGCUUUAAGCCUGUGCUAUUUGCAGUACUAGAAAAAUGCUAUGAAUGUCAAACUGCAGAAAUGUUUCCACUCUAACCUGGAAAACAACAUGUUCUGACAUGGGAAUGUACUCAAAAUGCAGCAGUUCUGUGAUAUGGUGCAGUAGUCUGGCUUGUGUACAUGGACCAUGUCUAGGAAACUCUUUUGUUGGUUACUUGUCUGUUCUUGGUGAAUCUACAUGGCCUCAAUUCUGUGUGUUGUGUAUGUACAUCUAGUGUGGGUGUGUAUAUUUGUGCAAACUGUGACAUGGCCCUCAAGAUUUCAGUGUGAAUACCUCAGGGCUGCUUCUAGGAGUGUAACAUGCCUAUAAUGAUAGCCAU